GCUCAGCGGCACAAACUAUCUUUGCAGUGAAAUGUUUAAACUCAGAAUGAGGAACUUCACCUUGAUAACAGCUUUACUUCUCUGCAGCCUCAGCUGGAUCUCUGUCUCAGCUUCUGAGUCUCACACUGUGGAGGUCCAGUCUGGUGGAGACGUCACUCUGAUGUGCUCCAACAUUUCCAGCACUCAAACUCAUACAGAAUGGUUCAGAGUGAUCAACAGAACCAAGCCCAGCUGUGUCUCCUCUAUGUACGGGUCUGAUAGCGAAGCCUUGCACUGUGAUGGAUUUGAAAAUGGAUUUAAGAUGAGCUCCAACAUCUCUACUGUCUUUCUUAACAUCACAAGAGUGAAUUCCUCUCACUCUGGACUGUAUUUCUGUGGAUUUAACCAAAGCAACCAUAUAGUCCUUGGCAAUGCAAUAUAUCUACAACUCCAAGAUGGAAUGACAAACAUCAUGAAUGUGAUCCUGACUGUUCUGACUGUUUUCCUCACUAUAGUCAUCAUUGUUCUCGCUGUUAAAAUCAGGAAACUUCAGACAGCUGUGAAUGAAGAACUGCAGCCAGAAAGAAACAAGGAUCUGGGCUCAGAUGAACUGAACUACGCAGCUCUAAAUUUCCAGGCGCAACCCAAAAGAAGCCGCAGGCCUGCAUCAGAGAGAGAGAUGGAGCCACAUGUUGUGUAUGCUGCCACCAGAUAGACACAAGCAGCAAUAGGACUGCAACGCUCAGUGUAACUAAUGCUUUAUCAUAUUCAUCUGCUGUCAGAGUCAAUGGCAACAAUCUUUUAUUAAAUAAAGUUCCUAUACUCAAAGUC